AUGGCAUUUGACGAGAGCUUGAUGAUGAUGUCUUCAUUUCCAGUCGUCGAAGAAGACGCUGGACUCCACCAGAUCCGUACCUCUCUGUCUCGCCUCUCUGUUUGCACAACCUCCGUUUACGACGAAGCCACCAAGAAUCAUCCUGACUUGGGCGUUGUCGAGAGCUUCGACGGAGCAGAGGCUGACGGAGAAGUCUCCGAUGACGGAAAAGAGAACGUUCGGGAGUCUGACUCCGACAAAGAGACGCCAAGGUUUUACUCCCUCCCGGCGACUCCACCUCGGCGGAGAAGAAAAAACACAGUCGCCGGAGAUAUAGACGCGAACGAGAGUAGCAGAGACGGCGGUAAGAGUAGUAGUAGUUCACGGAGGCAGAGGAGGGUGCUCAGGGAGAAGAAGAAGAGAGGUCACGGCUUUAACGGCGCUGACGGAGAGAGUGACGGCGGUGGUGGUAUAGGGUUAACGGUGUUAACGAGAGCGAAGGGAGGAGAGAAGUCGCUGAGGAUGGGGUUAGAGGAAGUGAAAGCUUGUAGAGAUCUCGGGUUCGAGUUGGAAGUUCCGGGUCGGAUCUCGGUGUCAGCCGGGUCGAAUUUCGAUACUCAGACUAGUAGUGGCAGCAACUCUCCGAUCGCCACGUGGCGCAUCUCGAGUCCAGGUGAUGACCCGAAGGAGGUUAAGGCGAGACUCAAGGUGUGGGCACAAGCUGUAGCUUUAGCUUCUUCCUCACGUCAAGCUAAUUAG